AAGAAACCGGCCUGAUUUUGCACCGGGGCGCUAUUGAUUUUUCCAGUCGCUCAUUAAUCUGAUUUUCGAUUCGCCAUUUCGUCGCACGACGAGCCUCUUCUUUCCCAUUCGGCAGCCCCGUUCGCCGGCUUGAUGACCGUCUUACGAUGUUGCCCCUCCUCGUACAGAUGCACCCAAUGGUGCAGCCGCCGCUCGAUUUCCUUGGGUCUCACCAGGGCCACCUGAAGCCGGGUUAUCCACCACAUCACCAUCAUGGGUCCCAUCAUCUUUCACGACAGCCACCUUCUCCGUACAGCUCGGACUCGACACCGCGUGCUGUGGCCAUCCGCAAUGCCCAACAUGCACCAGAGCUGCACCGCAUCACAACGUCUUUUACGCGGUUGCACGCCCAUGACCAAGCCGAACACUCCCUUCGGCGGAAAACCCCUAGCGGGACCAUCGACAAUGGGUACGACGGCUCGUUAACUCACCUGGCCUCAGGUCCCCCGCCACCAAAGCACAUGAUUGUGCCUGGUUCAUCCGAGACGUAUCCAGCCUCCGUUCUUCAUGAAGCACCUAACAACCAGGCUGCGGGCGGUAUGCUUCAACAACCCUUAGCAGGUCCCUGGGCGUACUCGGCACCCGUACCCACAGCCAAGUUCAACCACGGUGUGGACGCUAUGAACGGCCGCGCCGGGCCGCCGAGAGGAUGGGGGAUGCCCACGCCGAACUCAUCGCUGGAUCCCAGUAUAGGAGACCGCGUCAACUCUCUGCAGCCUGCGGCCCAGCACACCUACCAUGCCGUUCCCGGAAUGCAGCCAGUACUCGGGCAGGGGUAUCAGCAGUCACUUUCGCAAACAGUGUACAGCCCCGGCGGCUAUCAACAGCCUGCCGUCUGGAGGGAUGGCAGUUUCGGCUACCAAACAAUGAUACCGCUUGCGAAUAAUUACCCCAUGCAGAACUCCGUCGACGGCGCGUUCAUGGCAGCUCAGGCCCCUAUCCCCCACGGAUUGCCCAAUGCCCCCGGAUCGGGACAGGCACGGUAUUUUGGCCCGUCCAUGCGGGGUCACCCUCUCGACGAUGGCUUCGCUCGUUAUGGACCCGGCCACAUGGCGCAGCAUGUUGCACAUGCUGGGCGUAACCUCAUGCCGAUGAUGCCUGGCACGGCACAUCUCGCCAAGGGCGCCACCCUCGACGAGGUAGGCUCGCCGACUCGGUUCAAGGAGCGGGCGCUGCAGAGCGCCCACAAGGCAUACAACGAUCUCCUGAUCCACCUCACACACACAAGAGGGGUACAAGAUGGACGUUUCGUCUCAAUGUCAAGACCAACCUCCAAGAUCAUGGUAUAUCCGAAACCCUCGACCGCCCCCGCCGGCAGUGGAGGCCAGGCCCAGUCAUUAUCUGCCUUCUCGGACCCAGCAGCAAGUUACAUGCAACGGAUGGCCCAAAAUGAGGCAGCGGCGCGCAUGUUUGCCCACGGCCACAAUCCCCAGCGAGCAUACGAGCUGAGCUCGCCUGUUCACAACGCCAAGGCUUCACUUGACAUGUUAUCUAAUCUCUGCGAGCAAAGCGGCUGGAAGUGGAUUGAUGGAAUGUUAUUGGGAGGGUGCCUUCACUACGGCUUGGAGCGCUACGAAGAGGCGAUGGAGUGGUUCAGACGGAUUGUCAGCCUUGAACCCAGCCAUGUUGAAGCCAUCUCCAACAUGGCCGCGACCCUAUACUGCCUGAACAGGCUUGAGGAAGCGGAGCAGCACUGGUGGAAGGCAGUCAAGUUACGCCCGAGCUACCUGGAAGCGGUGGAGCAUCUCGUCAGUCUCCUAUGCUCUCUUCAGAGGAAUGCGGCAGCAGUGAAGGCGAUCGAGUUCGUCCAGCGGUCUUUGAGAAUAUCGGAAUCAGACGUCUCCCGGGACCAGGCCAGCGAGACUGCCAGCGAGGCGGAGAUCGCUUCCCCGGUGACACUGGCCGAGUCAGAUCCGGACUCUUACGUCUUGGAUGCCGAUAGCAUCGACAGCCCAGAACAGCGAUUUGUCGCCAUGACCGAGGACCGGAAGUUGCCCGGGUUCGGCUCCAGUGGCUACCGCAUCCCGGGAAGCGAGAACGGCCGCAUGGUCUUGCUUAUUCACGCCAAGGGGAACAUGUUGUACUCCCUGAAGGACGUCGACCGCGCGUCCGACGCGUUCGAGGAGGUUGUGAUGAUCAGUGCCGGGAAACAUAAGCAGGGCAUCAAAGGCCUCAUCAAGAGGAUACAAGCCGUCUUGGCGCCCGUGGAUCCCCGAUCGGGACAACGCCUAACCUCUACCCAGGAGGACCUAUCCGCCCCGCUGCUACUUCCCCCGGACAAAGCAAAGCUUACGGCACAGGUCGUCUUCGCCUCCACUCGCGGCCAGUUGCCUGGGCUUCAGUACGUGCCCGAGGGAGCUCACAAGAGAUCCGUAGUGGCAACGACGAGCAACUCCCUGCUGUCUCUGGCGAAGAUCUAUCAAGACGCCAUGUCGAACAGCGGGCCGUCCUCUGGAAUCAUCCGCCAUCCCGCCGGCGUCGGGGACAUCCUGUCCCUGUACUACCUAUCCCUGUCACUGCAGGAGAGCCCGUCAACUGCCAACAAUGUAGGAAUCCUCCUCGCUGGUGUUCAACAGACCGCACCGGCGCAGUAUCUUUCUCCCUCCGAUAUGAGCCUUGCCGCGAGCGUUCCUGGAAUCGUCCCCGGUAGUGGGCUAGCGCUUGCACUUGCCUAUUACCAGUACGGCCUCACACUGGACCCGAACCAUGUCCACCUCCACACCAACUUGGGCAGCCUCUUGAAGGACAUUGGCCAACUGGAUAUGGCCAUCUCAAUGUACGAGCAGGCCGUCGCCUGCGACGGGACCUUCGACAUCGCCCUGACGAAUCUCGCCAACGCAGUCAAGGACAGGGGACGGGUUAGCGACGCCAUCAAAUACUACCAGCGCGCCGUUGCCGCAAAUCCGGAUUUCGCGGAGGCCGUUUGCGGUUUAUCGACCGCACUCAACUCGGUUUGUGAUUGGAGGGGUCGCGGUGGCGUCCUGCUUGCGGGCGGUAAAUACGACCGGUGGCAUGUGGACGAGAAAGGCAUGCUCCUCGACGGGAAAACUCAGGGUCAGGGCAGCGGAUUGAUGAAGCGCGUGGUGGACAUUGUGCGACGCCAGCUGAAGGAAUCCUCGACAUGGGGCUGUGGAGUUCUGCAGGAGCAGUCGAUACGUCAGCUGGCCGCCGAACUGAGAGAUGCAGGGGCCAGUGUCACGGAUGCGUCCCUCGACCUGGAGGCCGAGCUCCGAAAAUGGGCUGGUUUGCCAGGUGAGGGAUAUCGGGUUCUCCGCCUCAUCGAACGCUCCACGGUCGCCGCCAUGCGCUGUUGGUAUCAGGAUAAACACAUCAAGGGCACCCCGUCACCUACGGGGUAUCGCCGGCCGAAGCCCCCGGCCAGCCUUUCAGUCCCAUCAGCACCGACGGUUUUGCCCUUCCAUACCUUCACUUGCCCCUUGCCUGCGAAAGAUGUCCGAAAGAUUUCUCAGCGAAAUGCGUUGAGGAUAUCGUUCUCGACGCUCCGGUCACCGUGGAUUCCAGCUGUCGUUUACGAACCUCCGGAUCCGCCGAACCCGCAUUUGAAUGUCGGAUAUGUCUCCUCCGACUUCAAUAACCACCCCCUGGCACAUCUGAUGCAAUCCGUAUUUGGCAUGCACAAUCCGAAACGUGUCAAGGCCUUUUGUUACGCCACGACGGCGAGCGAUGGGUCUAUUCAUCGCCAGCAAAUUGAGCGCGAGGCGCCGGUUUUCCGGGAUGUGAGCACCUAUUCCCCGGACAGGCUGGUUCAGCAGAUUGUCCAAGACAAGAUUCACAUUCUGGUCAAUCUCAAUGGCUACACUCGCGGAGCGCGUAACGAGAUCUUCGCCGCCCGCCCGGCUCCGAUUCAAAUGUCGUUUAUGGGUUUCGCCGGUACGUUGGGUGCCGAGUGGUGUGACUACCUCUUGGCUGAUACGACGGCUAUCCCGCCAUCGGCACUUCGUCCUCACCGGAGCAACCUGACGUUGGAGGAUGUCUUCCGCGACGAGGUUGACGCCGAGGCCGAGGAUUGGAUCUAUUCGGAAAACAUCAUCUUCUGCCGUGACACGUUCUUCUGCUGCGAUCAUGCGCAGUCGGCUGACGGCCACGACGAGCGGAAUUUGACGUGGGAUGAGGAGCAACGGAGACGGUGGAAGAUGCGGAAGGACUUGUUCCCCAACCUCCCAGACGACGCCAUUCUCCUAGGUAACUUCAACCAGCUCUACAAGAUUGACCCAACAACGUUCCGAUCCUGGUUGCGCAUCCUCGCGGCCGCGCCCAAGGCAUAUCUCUGGCUCCUCCGCUUCCCCGAGCUCGGUGAGACGCACCUCCGGCGCACCGCACGCGACUGGGGCGGCGAGGGCGUCGCCAGCCGCAUCAUCUUCACCGACGUGGCGCCCAAGCUGCAGCACAUCUCCCGGGCACGCGUCUGUGACCUGUUUCUCGACACGCCCGAGUGCAACGCGCACACGACGGCGGCCGACAUCCUGUGGUCCAACACGCCGCUGCUGACGCUGCCGCGCUACGAGUACAAGAUGUGCUCGCGCAUGGCGGCGUCGAUCCUCAAGGGCGCGCUGCCCAAGGGCGAGGCGGGCGAGCAGGCCGCGCGCGAACUCAUUGCGCGGGACGAGGCCGAAUACGAGGAGUUUGCGGUGAGGCUCGCCAAUGGCAUGACAUAUCGGCCGCGCGGCGGGGAGUAUAGAGAGGCGGUGGGGCGGCUAGCAGAGCUGAGGAAGCUGCUGUUUGACGCUAAGUGGACCUGUGCGCUUUUCGACACGCGGCGCUGGGUUCGGGAUCUGGAGGAGGCCUAUGAGAUCGCCUGGGGCCGGUGGGAGAGAGGCGAGGGUGGUGAUAUAUAUCUCUGACGAGGGCUGGUCAAGGUGUAUGGUGCAUGCAAUCUGCUUUGGCUUCAUUGGCUUUAGCUUUCAGUGCCCAUUCAUGAGACCAGAGAGGAGGAGUGUGUGUGUGGAUGAGAAUGGUGUUCAUGUGUCAUGUUUUAUUAACUUUUCUUUUUCUCGGGUACUGUGUCUCAUGGGGAGAGGGCCGGCGUGUCCCCACGGCCGGACAAACUGGAGGCUACAUUUUUAGACCUUGGUUUGUUUGCUGGCUAUGGUAGCGUUGAUUUCGGUUGUUGUUUAUCUCUCCUCUUUGUCUUGGGGUUCCUUUUUUUUCACGAGGAAGAUCUGGUU